AUGAAGGCCUCUACCAGCCUCGUCCUCGUCCUCGCCCUCGCCCUCGCGGCCCCAACCACACUCUCCGCCCCCUUGUCCACUAAAGGGUCGACACCAGCAGCAAUUUGCACAUCUGAUACGUGUGCUCGCGCGGCGAACGAAAUUCUUCACAAUCGCCAUCCCGACUACAAGAAGAUUGAUCCUUGGAUUCACUGUCUGCCACAGCCUUGUCGUUUUGAGCGUCUGCUAACGUAUCUCUACCACCUUGGACCCAACCAGACGGAUGAUGACAUUGACCCGUGGGGUGUCAAGCAGCGUGAAGUCGAACUACUCUCCAGGGAAAUCCUCGAGUCCCCAUUUUCGGGGGACGGCUCGGUCACAAACCAGGAGAAUUUCAAGCAGCUCCAGGAUGCGUAUGCCGCUUGUAUGGAUGAGACUACUACUAAGAAAGCUGGUCUUGCUCCGCUAAAGUCACUGCUGGGCCAAAUAUCUAAACGCAAUGUUACUGACAUGGUCUUGUUGCUUUUGGAAAAUGGAAUCGAAGCACUAGCCUCCAUCUCAGUUGCGGCCGACGAGCGACAUCCUAAAUCGACUGCUGUUUAUAUUGGCCCCUACACGACAAUCUCGAGCCCGCAAAGGACUUUAUCUCAUAUCAAAGGAAAAACCAUCUCCUACAAUCCCCACACGAUUAAAGAAACCGAUGAGCUACUCCCGCAAAUAUCGAUUAGCCGCAUCGUAUCCGCGUUGGGCCCGUCAGACUUCAGCACAAAUCGUGUUAUUGUUCGGUCGCUAGACUUCAUGAAGUCUCUUUCCCAACUCAUCAACAAAACGCCCAAUGACACGCUUCAUCGGUAUUUCAUAUGGAGGGCUACCGAAGCGUACCACGGCUCAUUCCAGUAUGCAGGACUAGAGGAUUCAUACCAAUGGUGGGGCCAAGACCGAUGGAAAACCUGCAUCACAGUUGCCCAGGAUACUCUGGGCCUAACCUUCGAUCACUUUUAUGCCCAGAAGGCAAACUUCUCCCAGGAGGCAAAGGAUUAUGCAGAUCGCAUCGUGGGAGAUGUCAAAGACGAACUCAAGACGGCCCUUGGACGAGCUAAGUGGAUUAAUAAGGCUGCACAGGACGAGGCAAUUCAAAAGGCCAACAUCAUGCGCCAACAUAUUGGAUACUCGACCAGCCCCGACAUCAUGAACGCCGACGACCUCAAGCAACAUUAUUCCGGACUCGUCGUGACGAACUCAACAUUUUUCGAUAACACCGUGAACUCGGGAAGAUUCAAGGUGAAGAAGGAAUGGUCAGGGCUGGGCAAACCAUCCGAUCCUAAUGCAUGGGAUUGGCCACCGCCGUUUCAUAUUACGACUGUCAAUGCAGUUUAUGGCACCACUGAGAACUCUUUCCAUCUUCCAGCGGCCGCCUGCGUAAUGGAUACGGAUCCUUCUUUGCCGCAGUACAUAUCGUAUUCCCGAACAGGCGCCCUUGCUGGCCACGAAAUGUUUCAUGGUUUUGACAAUGAAGGGGUACAUUUCGAUCGUCAUGGCCACGCCUUCACGUGGAAGAACGAAACAGAAAAAAAGCUCAACGAACGUACAAGUUGCUUCGUGAAGCAAUACAAUGCCUUCAAUGACCCCUUAAGCUCAAGUCGGCUGAGGGUCUACGGCGAGCGGAUGCUGCCAGAGAUUCUCGCAGAUACUGGCGGUCUGAAGGCUGCAUUUGCCGCCUGGAAGAAGCUCGACAAGGAAAAUCCAGACAAAGCCCCGCCCGACCUCCAAGAGUAUACCAAAGAGCAGCUAUUCAUGCUUAGCUAUGCCAGUCCGUGGUGCGCUCGGUCAUCGAAAAUGGAUUUAUUCCACCCGCCGUACGACGUCCGAGUUGAUGGAACUUUGGCGAACUUACGAGGCUUUAGAGAGGCGUUCAACUGUCCAGUUAAGGAACCAACAUGUGCGCUCUUCUGA